GAGCAGAAUCUGUGGUCAGCCGUAAAUUCAGCUGUGAAGGAAACAUAAUUCAAUCCGUUCUAAGACCCACGACAUGCAUUCAACAACGCCAUGCUUAAUAAUAGUCAAUAGAGGUCAGAGAAGAGGAGCAAAGCGCCUAAAAGAGCUUCCUCCCCUCGUGACCGGUGGCUCCUCCCUUGCAAUCUUGACCAAUGGCUCCUCCCUUGCAAUCUUGAGAGCAGAAGAACGAUCAUUGGGACUUGAAGAUUUGCUGGAGCGUAGCGUAGAAAGAUUAGGGCAAAAGGAAGGAGAGAAAGCAAAGCAAAGGUGAUCUGAUCGAUUGCUCGGCCUGCCCGUCGUGGCGGGGAUGGGGAAGUACGGUGACGGCGACGGCGCCGUCGGCGGUGGCAGCUACCCGCUGGUGGCGGUGUGCAUCGACAAGGACAAGAACAGCCAGAACGCGCUCAAGUACGCGACGGAGACGCUGGUGCACCGCGGGCAGACCAUCGUGCUCGUCCACGUCAACAUGCGCGGCAGCUCCGGCGGCGUGGAGGACGCCGCCGGGUACAAGCAGCCGACGGACCCGCAGAUGAAGGACCUCUUCCUGCCGUUCCGCUGCUUCUGCACCCGCAAGGACAUCCAGUGCAAGGACGUGGUGCUGGACGACCACGACGUGGCCAAGUCCCUCGUCGAGUUCGCCGCCCACGCCGCCAUCGACAAGUUCGUCCUCGGCGCCAACACCCGCAACAGCUUCGUCAGGUUCAAGCCCGACAUCCCCAGCAGCGUCUCCAAGACGGCGCCCGACUUCACCAGCGUCUACGUCGUCAACAAGGGCGGCAAGGUCACCUCCGUGCGCCAGGCCACUCGCCCGGCGCCCUCCGUGUCGCCGCUCCGGUCCAUGAUCCAGGGGCCUCAGGCGCCCAAGGCGCCGCUGCCGCCUGAGCCGCAGCAGGCGCCGGCGCCGCCCUCGCAGAAAUGGGCGCCCCCGCCUCCUCCGGCAGCGACACGAGGCGACUCUAUCGGGACGCCUACGAUGCAGAUGCAAGACAACUUCAUCAUGUCGCCGUUCUCGAGGGGUCCGACGUCGGCGAGGAAGGAGUUCCCGCAGUUCUCACUACCGGAGUCGUCGGACAUAUCGUUUAUCGGUGUUGCCCCCGGCCGGCGGAGCGUGGACCGGCCGUCGUACCCGCCGCGGCUGUCCACCGGAUCGGACAACCCGUACGAGCAACACAGCUUCGAGGCGCCACGCCCAGGGUGGGGCGACUUCGGCAACGAGAGCACCUCCAACUCCCAGACCAGCGUCUCCUCGCUACCCGCGGAGGACAUGGAGGCGGAGAUGAGGCGACUGCGGCUGGAGUUGAAGCAGACCAUGGACAUGUACAGCACGGCGUGCAAGGAGGCGCUCACCGCGAAGCAGAAGGCCACGGAGCUGCAGCGAUGGAAGGUGGAGGAGGAGCAGCGGUCGCAGGACGGGCGGCUGACGGAGGAGGCGGCGAUGGCGCUCAUCGAGCAGGAGAAGGCCAAGGCGCGGGCGGCCAUCGAGGCGGCCGAGGCGUCGCAGCGGCUGGCGGAGCUGGAGGCGCAGAAGCGGAUCGCCGCGGAAAGGAAAGCGCUCAAGGAGGCCGAGGAGCGGCUCAAGUCCGCCGGCUCCGGCGGCGGCUCGUCGGCACGGUACCGCCGGUACACCAUCGAGGAGAUCGAGAUCGGCACCGACCACUUCUCGGACGCGCGCAAGGUCGGGGAGGGCGGGUACGGCCCGGUGUACAAGGGCCAUCUCGACCACACCCCCGUGGCCAUCAAGGUGCUCCGGCCGGACGCCGCGCAGGGCAAGUCGCAGUUCCAGCAGGAAGUGGAGGUGCUCAGCUGCAUCCGCCACCCAAACAUGGUGCUCCUCCUCGGCGCAUGCCCGGAGUACGGGUGCCUCGUGUACGAGUACAUGGCCAUGGGCAGCCUCGAUGACUGCCUCUUCCCGCGCGCCGGCGCGCCGGUGCUGCCAUGGCAGCACCGGUUCCGCAUCGCGGCCGAGAUCGCCACGGGCCUCCUCUUCCUCCACCAGGCGAAGCCCGAGCCGCUCGUCCACCGCGACCUGAAGCCCGGCAACAUCCUGCUCGACCGCAACUACGUGAGCAAGAUCAGCGACGUCGGGCUGGCGCGCCUCGUGCCGCCGUCCGUCGCUGACACGGUCACGCAGUGCCACAUGACGAGCGCCGCGGGCACCUUCUGCUACAUCGACCCGGAGUACCAGCAGACGGGCAUGCUGGUCAUGAAGUGUCAAUGCUUUCUUGUUGUUCGAAAGUAUAUACUUUAA